CUAUGGAUAUUUUUAACUACAAGAAAAUCUUUUUUUCCCUAAAUUAUCAUAAACACUGCUUGAAAUAGAAUAUAAAUAAAUUACAAAAAUGCCACGACAACUACCAAUCGACAUGCUGAAUGAAUCGUCCAAGGAAAUAGUGUACAUUAGAAAAAAUCGGCCUUUGUUGAAAAAAUUAGCUAAAGAAACUCAUUUUAAUUUGAAAGAAGUUGAAGCACUAGCUCUUAUUCACUAUAAAAUUUGUAAAGAACACGGAUCAAUAUCAAGAACUCUAUUCCGGGAUAUUUUUCAUUCAGGUCUUGAUUAUACAGAAAAUAUUCGACAUUUAUUGGUAGACAAAGUUUUUUCUGCAAUGAUUCAACAGAAUGCCUUACAUAUUAAUAUGGAGCAAUGGGUACGAGGGUUUUCAGUUAUAUUGAGGGGAACUUUGGAAGAGAGAAUUAAUUUCGCUUUCAAAGUUUACGAUUUAAUGAUGACGGGUAGAAUAAAAAGAGAGCAAAUUUUUAAUAACAUGAGAGGAUGUUUCAUAAGCUUGGGAUCUGAUGAAAAUGUUGAUGAAACACUGAAGGACUUUGUUGAUUUAAUUCUAAAAACCCUGGACGUUGAUCGUGAUGGAAGUAUUAGUGAGGGAGACUUUAAAUCAGCAGUAAUGGAUAAAGAUAAAUUGCUAUUAGAAUGUAUGGGUCCUGUUUUUCCCUCUCGCGAUUACCAGUAUGCCUUUUCAACGACAUUUACAAACAAUAUUGGGGAUUUUUAAAGUGAAUUCACAUCGCUCCAAGAUUGAGUAUACAAUCAAUUUUUACACCAAUGAAUCUGCUCAAUCAGACAGAAGAUAUCUCCUUCAGCAUUUGAGUGACGCUCCAUUAAAUUUUCGAUACCAUUGUUAGGCUUUUCGAUUUUCACGAUCCAUCAAAUAAUCAUCCAUGUACUACACUUAAUAAUGUAACAAAUGGAGCACAAUAAAUACGUUCAACAUGACGAGAACAAAAACAAACAGAUUACAAACGGAUUACUUUGAAUAAUACAAUAUCGACAGAUUCUCAUUAUUACAGAAUGAGCUUUCAUAAAUUAGAAUUGAUAACAGAGUAAUUGUCAUUAACUGAUUAUAAUAAUAAUUCAUAAUCCUGG